CCUUGAACUCAACCUCAUGUCACACAGCCUCUCGGGAGGCCUGAUAAUCAUUGAUUUCACAAGAAAUAAGAGAAACGAGCGUAUUUUCUGUCUCUUCGAACUGUCUUCUCAUCCAUCACAUCAAUCCUCAAUUUUUUUCACUUGAUCAAUUAUCAUGGACAACUCAGAAAUUACAGAAGUCGCCCAGCCCUCUGAUGCUCCUUCAUGGCUCAAGUUCCUUGACGAAAGAAUUGAAGAGGAGCGCGAUGAAUUAUUCUCAGAAUCCCCAUCCUACGAAAUUGUUCGAGAUCUACUGGUUGCCUCUGAAGACGACGAUACCGCAGUAUCACAAGCCGUCACCAAGUUCUAUGGUCUUUAUAAAGCUGAAGCCGGCCGGCAAAGCAAAAUGCCUGAUCACGGAGCUGGAUACUACCUGAACACAAUUUCAGUAAUUGCAUUUGAAGUCGCUCCCAAGGUGUGGUAUGCGAGCUGGCGGCAUGACAGGAUCACAGAGUUCUUGAUUGCGAUUAAGGAUGGAGCAGCAAAAGAGUUCGAUGAAGAGGAUCCUCAAUUCGUCUGGAUUGGUUGGGGACUUGAAGCUGCAGCCAACGAGUCUUGGAAUGCUGGUCAUGUUGAUACCUACACAGCAAAGAACUCACAAGAACCUGAAGAUGUAUGGGCAGGAGAAUGGUUCAGCUCAUGUGCUUUACUCGCCAAGCUCUUCCGAGGAGGCUGUCUAGACAACGAUGGUCAACACUGGAUUAUGAAAGACUUGGAAAGAACGUUUGAGGUCUGCACGUCGGGCGACAUAAAGACAGAUGCAGGUCGCCAGGCUCAGGUUCUUGCAGCCAUCAAUCAUAUACUUCUCGCAGGGGAGGUAUUUGUAAAAGGCGCCAAGAAUCCUUUGCCGAAGUGGAAGUUUGAGCUGAAUGCUACAAAGUGGAAGCUUUGGGCAUCGAAGAUUAAGGAGGUUGCUGAGACGGUGGAUGAGACUGCCAGGUGGGACCUUAAGGACAGGGCCCAGAAGGCUUACGAGAAGAUGGUUGAGCUAUAUCCGGAAGCUUUCUCAUCGGAUUAGUCUGGGGCGGGUUGAGGGUAUGAUAGAACUGACUAACAGGGACAAAGAUGGAUGUUUAUAAAUUAUAUAUGUAUUUUGUAUUUGGAGAACGGCGGAGGUUCAGGUUUUAU